GCGAUGGCAGCAGAAGGAUUGGGCAUAGAAGAGAGUAUCAAUACCACCAUAGCCAGAGGGUGGAAUACCAGCCUAUCUAAUAGGCCAACAAGGGCGAGGUAUUGCGGGGGCUCGGCUAUCGAUUUGGAAGAGGUGAGCAGAGCCUUUUGGCCUGUACAAUCUGCAGAGGUGGAGGCGCCGCUCGGCCAUCGCCCGGUCAAUAGUGGGUCGGCGUUUCUCUUCUAG